AACCAACAACGACGAAUACUUUCAUGCCGGUUAUUUAGAUAUACGCAUAAUGUGGACCAGUUGACAUUGAACGUCAUCUGGAGCGCUCGUUGUUUUUUUUUUCAUUCGUACUUCUAUAAAAGCCCGGAGGCAACUGAAUUCAAGCUCAAACUAUUAUAUUUCUCGCAAUUAAUAUUACCAUGAAAUAUUUGUUCGGGAAAACCGUUGUGUUCUUCUUAGUAUUUGCGAGAUCGAGAUGUACCCCGGGAAGAUUAGGCACCAUCGACCGAUUUAUUCCCGACUUUUCCGUGACCGAUGAUGACGAUAAAUUGUACAAGGUUACUUCCGAUGAAACGGAAGAUCAUACUUUGAGCUACUAUGAAGAUGACGACGUUACUGACACGACCACGAACAAAAUACCUUUGGAAAGUCUAGCGGCUCAUAUCGACCAGCUCGCUGGACAGGGUAAUACCAAAGGACAGUUCGUGUACACGGACAAGACAGGCAAUUCCAUCACCGUCGUGUACGUUGCGGGUCCGUCGUCAUCGUUCGCGGCGGCGCACACUGCAGUUUAAAAGAAUUUAAAACUGGAUGAAUUGUUUUUGUAGUCGUAUUUUUCUUUGUUUUCAUUGUUUGAAUAAGAAUAUACUACAACCAUAGAAUAACCAUAAAAACGUGUUUUAUAUUUUGGAGCAUUGCCUGUCAAAAUCGAUGUCAAAAACCGUUUCAAAAAUAGUACAAUGGGAAAUCGUUUGUAGUUUGUUUGUAUGCAGGUAAUUUAUUUAUUUUUUAU